GAGGGCGACGCGGAGGGCGAGCCGGAGGGCGAGGCGGCCAAGCCGGAGGGCGAGCCGGAGGGGGAGCCGCAGAAGAGCGACAAGCCGAAGGACCUCCGCAUCCUGCGCGACCCGGAGGACAAGGACCCGCGGGGCAGGCGCACCGACAGGAGGGACGGCGCCGACCGGGACCGCGACGACGAGCGAGGGUCGGGCGGCAGAGGCGGCGGCGACACGGGCGGCGGGCCUGCGAAGGGCGGCAGCGAGCAAGGCAGGCUGUACCUGGGGCGCCUGGCGUUCGAGGCCGACGAGGAGGACCUCCGGCAGAAGUUCCAGCGCUUCGGUGAGAUCGCCAAGGCCCAGGUCGUUAAGGACGAGACGGAUAAGUCCAAGACCCAUGGCUACGUGACGUUCGCCAACCCCGACCACGCCCAGAAGGCCCUCAGGGAAAUGGACGGCUGCGAGAUCCGAGGCCGCGCGGUUGCCAUCGAGCUCGCGGGCGCCGUCGGCGGCACAGGCGGCAAUGGCAGGGACGACCGCCGGCGCGACGACCGCCGCGAGGGCGGGCGGGACCGCGACCAGGACCGCGGAGGGCACGGCGGCGACCGCGCAGGGGCGACCACCACGAUGAUCGUGAGCGCGAGCGCGACCGCGGCGGCCACACCGACAGGGCCAACGGCCGGGGCCGCAACAACCGCCGCCACGACGACGCUCGUGGCCGGGACGGUCGCGAGCCUCGCGACGAGCGGCGCGAGGAGCGCCGGGGCCGUGACGGCCGCGAGCCUGGGCGAGGCGGGGGAGGCCGCGAGGACAGGCGCGACGACCGCCGCGGGCGCGGCGGCGGCGGCCGCCGCCACGCCGCCCGGGGCGACUCGCGGGAUGACUCGCCGCCGGGCGCGCGGGAGAACGGCCACAAGCGGAGGCGCAGGGAGGACCGUGAACAGCCGCGUGCGGAGCGCUCUGGGUCGCGGCAGGCGGGCGUGCCGGCGAAGG